AUGGCCUUUGGGUCGUACGAGGCACAUUUGGCGUCUUGCAUGCGCAAGUUCAAUAAGACUGGGUUUGUCCGAUCCUGGGAUUUUAAACUUAAGCCUUCUGCCAACUUGUUUGCCGGUAUGGCACGUGCCAGCGGGCCCAUGCCGCCUGUCAUGUCUGUGCCAGUGCCCAAGAUGGUGUCUUCCCAGGUUACCGUUGCUUCAGUUGUCAAGCUUGUCCUGGGCAGGGUCAGGCUGCAGGAUUCUUGGAGUGUGCACCUUGACAAGAAGCUGCGUGCUGCCAUUCAGAAGUGGGUGUCUAUCGUCCUCGAGGAUCCACUCACCUUUGAUGUUGGCCGCAGGUGUGCUGCCGCGUCCUGCCAGGAUUCCGCAGUCUCGCAAGGUUUGCUGCACACCUUUUCGGGCAAAGCUGCGGGUACACUGCACAAUCGUGCGGGACCGUUGCUCCGUUUUGUGGCGUGGGCCAAGAAGCGGCGUCUCCAGCCGCUGCCACUGAGAGAGAAAGACGUGUAUGAGUUCCUGCUUGAUUUGGAGGAUUCCAGAGCGCCGUCUUUCGGCAAGGCACUCAUGUCAUCGUUGGCGUUUUGCAAGUUCGUUUUGGGUGCUGAGUCUUUCUCGGACUCCCUUUGCAGUGGCCGCCUUACAGGGCUUGCGCGUGCAUCUUUUCUUAAAAAGAGGAAGAGGCGACAGAAGCCGCCACUCACCGUUGCUAUGGUCAAGAGGCUGGGGCGCCUUGUUGUGGAUGAGUCAGAUAAUGAUGUGGACAGGCUGUGCGCAGGCUUUUUCUUACUCUGCAUUUAUCUUCGUGCUAGAUACAGUGAUGGCCAGGCCCUGAUGAAUCUGGUUUUGGAUGAGCCGGACUCUUUCAUGGGACCACUUGCAGGGUACUUUCAAGGUGAGACUUCAAGGACGAAGACCAGUUUCUCCUUGGAGAGGAAAACAGCAUUGCUUCCUAUGGUGGGGCCAUUGUGCGGGGUGGCGUCCGUUCCUUGGUUCAGGACGUGGAUGAGCCUUCGUGAGGACCUCGCCAUUCCCGAGGGAGAAGAUUUUCCUCUCCUGCCCAGCCGUGGUCAGGAGGGCGGAUGGUCGGGUGUUCCGCCCACGGCCACUGUAGCCGCUGGUUGGUUGCGCGGGAUUUUGUCUGCCAGAGGUUUCCCUGAAGCCUCAAAGCUUGGUACUCACAGCUGUAAGGCUACGACCUUGUCUUGGAUGUCAAAGUACGGUGUUGAUGCACUGCACCGGAGGAUUUUGGGAUAUCACAAGGCUCCGCAGGAUGAGAUGAUGCACAUCUAUGGGCGUGACAAUGUUGCGCCUGCUCUGAGGUCUCUUGAGUACGUGCUCGCCGAUAUAAGGAUCGGCAAGUUCCUCCCGGACACCACACGUCCGGAGUUCAAUGAUGAACCGUCGGCCUCGGAGGCGUCACUGGACGAAGAGGACAACGUUCAGGACCUUCGUGCUGAAGAGGCUGCGGCUGAUGAGAUCAUACCGCCUUGGGCCGAGUUAUCUGUGGGAGACCCUGAUGCCCAUGUGUACAUCAGGCACAUCACUUCCCGCAAGCUUCACCGUCUCGCUGAUGAGGGCGGGAACCGACUCCGCUGUGGGAAGAGGUUUUGUGCCAUGGCCGUCACAGAGAGCAAGGCAAACUUCUCUUCGAGGGCGAAGGCUCUUGGAUUGGAGGAUCCGGUGCUGGUGAAGUUCGUUGACGCUGGCAUUGAUGGCAUGAGCAAGUAUGCUUUCCUGAGCUCAUACGUGCCCGGGAGCACGGAUGAGAGACCAUUCACUGCUGCCAUUGUCAAAGUGCUUGGGCGUGACCCUUCGAUUGCGGAGCUCAGUGUGCUUCGCCGCUUGCUGCAUGAGAGCUACAACUUAACUGUGUCUGAAUUACAAUCACAGGUUGAAAGGACCGAUGACUCUGCUCCGAGAAAGCUCGCAGCGCCCGACCGGGCCGACAGGUUGCAGCGACAGCAGGUUCGGCUGAGUGGUUUGACGAUCCACGGCCCGACUCUUCCGGGUCAUGCCGUGAUUGAUAAGUGCGUUCAGAUGUAUGAGGAUAACGUGCUUCAUUACUUGCCGCCUCAGUCGUGCCCUUGCCGUGAUGAUGAGGUCAAGUUCAAGAAGGAUCGCGAUGAUAAGAUGUUGUCUGUUGAUGGUGCCGGUCAUGUGUCGCUACGCACCCAGGUUGCAAAGGUUGAUGCUGAUGUGUCCUCAGACCUUCUCCUCAAGCUUGCCUUGACCCGUCGAGGUUUGGCCCUAGACCAGGCAAGGAUAGUCACCUUUUCGGAGCACGAGCGGUGGGUGGAAGCACUUUUUACCGCGCGUUUCAGGGAUCCACCUGACAACUAUGCACGUGUGACGCUGCAGCAGCUUAUGCAGGCUGAUCGGCAGCUGUUUGUUGAAGCAGCAGAUCGCACUCGGCAUGGAAUCCAACUUGUUUCUGACGGCAAGCCAGUUGAUAAGAUUUGGAACGAGGCAAUGAAUUGCAAUAAUGUCACACACCUUUUGCAGCCUUUGGUCGCAGCCCCUCCGGCUCCUUUCAGGCCUGGCCCGUACGAUGACCGAAGGCCCUGGAAGGGUGUGCAAUCCAUGGACCAAACGACUGACGAGAAAGAUGCUGCACAGAGCGGUCCAAAUGGGUUGCCUUCCGCUGAAGAAUUCGCUUCAAGUCUGAUUGGGAAGUGGAUUGAACAGGCUGAUGUUUUGAAGCUUUUCGAUUGCCUCCCGAAAGCUGCGCCGCAACGCGGCUCCGGUGGCGGCAUUUCUUUUGCCACUGGGGCCUUUGCCAAGGUCAAGGUGGGACUCCGGAGCAAUGUCGCUGUUUUUCCAAAGUCAACGCAGGUGCUGGCUGCUUUUGUAAGGCAGUCUGCUCCUGCCCACAAGUUCACAACCGUCGUGCUUUCUGAUGGUGUUCGCACGGCCCCGCAUCGUGAUCAGCAGAAUUCCUUCUUGCCUAAUUUGGCCAUUCCCUUGUCCCGUUUUACUAAAGGUGCAAUUUGGGUGCAAUCCAGCAAGGGUCCCCACACUCGGACUGUUGAUGGUGCAACCCUUCAAGGGGUGGCAUUGCCUGUGUCGGAUGGCCCUGUCCUGUUUGAUGCACGCAGGCAGACGCACCUCACUGAUUCGUGGCAGGGCAGGCGGGUCAUUUUGGUUGCUUUCUCUAUUUCGGCCUUUGAUAAGCUGUCUCUCGAGGCCUCGCAACGCUUGAUUUCACUUGAUUUUGCUUUGCCAACCGAGCCAGAGGUCGAGCACUUCCGUGAGCACCCACAGCUGCCUGCUCGCCUGCCGUGGCCACCGCGUUUCCCUCUGCUGUCGGGUGCUUCAGCAACCAAGGCUUUUACCGAGGCGUUGGUUCCCAAAGAACCACUUUUUCUUGAGCUAUGUGCCGGCGCCGCCAUGCUUUCUCGCUGCUUUCGUGAAGCGGGUGUGCCUGUCAUGCCCAUUGAUCACCAGCACAACCGCCAUCAUCCGUUGGCGCAGGUUUGCAAUCUCAGCUUGACCGAGGAGUCCACUUGGGUCUUCUUGCGCAAUGUGGUGCGUGAUCAUCCUAUACUCUUCGUGCACGCUGCCCCGCCUUGUGGCACGUGCUCCGCAGCGCGCAACAUAAAGCGAAAAGGGGUGUCCGUGGCCCCGCUUCGCUCUCCUGAGCAUCCCAUGGGUUUGCCUUCGCUGACUGGUGUCAACCUUGACAAGGUCGAGGCUGCAAACAAAAUUUACGUUGGCCUUGCCCAGUUUCUUGAUUUGCUUUGCAGGUCCAACAUCCCAUGGACAGUUGAAAAUCCUGAGUCAAGCAUGCUUUGGCAGCUGCCCUGUUUUGCUCAUUUAGUAAAGAAUUUUCCGAGGGUCAAUUUCGACAUGUGUUGCUAUGGUGGUGCACGAUUGACCCACCGUACGCUGCUUACUUCUUGUGAUGCCAUCGAACAUUUUCGCCAGCGCUGUCCAGGUGGGCACGACCACCUUCCGUGGAAGCCACAGCGCCGCGCUGAUGGCACGAUGUCUUUUCCUACUGCGCAGGAGGCAGCCUACCCCAGGCCCUUUUGCCAACAGUUCGUGGCGCUGGUCUUUAGGCACUUGGGUCGUCCCUUGCCUGUGCAUCCUACUGCGGCCACGUCUGCCGCUGCUGCCACUUCUUCUGCUCGGCAACCUCGCGGGCGUAAGCUGCCUCCUGUUAUGCCUGAGUUCAAGCGUGUGCUUGUCUACCAAGUUCAUGCUCUGCCGCCUGUUGAUUCCAAGCGUUGUAUUUUGCAGCCCCUCCGCGAUGCUCCUUCUGGGUCCAAACUUCUCUCUUCGACCUCUUUACUGCUAAGCGGGGGUGGUUCUGGGUCUUCGUUGAAGUUUUCCCGGGAUGAAGUUGUGCACUCGGAUAGUUCUAGCAGUGAUGCCAGCAGUUGCGAAUCCGUGCACGGUUCCGACAGUGAUGCCUCCUGUGCGCGGACCUUGGAGCCUACUAGUGAUGCGAGAGCUUUUGAGGUUCGCCUUGGUGUGUACGCCUCUCCCGAUGAAUUUCUUGAUGGGUGCAGAAGGGUUACUCAUCCUUUCGAUCACCUGCAUGCCGCUCCUGAUCGUCUCAAACAAUGCAUUUUUGACAUGUUGGUCAAUGGGCCGACCUGGGUUGUGCAACGGAGGGCGGCCCUACUCAGGAAGUGGACGUCCUGGGCCUCCGACCUUGAAGGCGAGGAACGUGCUUUGAAGGAGGCGCUUGAUCCUCAGGUCGCCAAGGUUUUGCAAGGAAAAAGGCUAAAGCUUCUGGAGCGUAUCGCCGGCUCCCUUGGUUGGGUUGACAUGAAGGUUUUCGAUGAACUGCGCAAUGGUUUUGACUUGGUGGGCCAUCAUGAACACACUGGAGUUUUCGCUCACGAGCCCAGGCCACCUAAGUUGGCCGAAAGUGAUUUCAUUAGUGCCGCGCAGUUUCUGCAGCCCGCUUUACUUGGAAAGAUUCGUGCUUCUGCAUCCGAUGCGAAUGCCCGCGAGCUGUGGGACAAGACUCUUGAUGAGGUGGCUGAUGGCAUUCUUGAGGGACCGCUUUCUGCUGAGGAGUUGUUGUCUCGACACGGGCCGUGCUGGCUCCCUACUCGCCGGUUCGGCGUUGAACAGACUUCCUCCGCCGGCCGUAAACUUAGACCUGUUGACGAUUUCACUGAGAACAAGGUCAAUUUGGCCUUCGGCUCGAUGGAUAAGCUUGAUCUUCACGCGCUUGACGAGUUGAUUGGGAUCAGCAGGUUGUGGAUUCGGGUUCUGAACGGGCCGCCCGACUUCACAAUCCCUCUUUCAACUGGUGAAUCCUUGAGCGGUCGUCUGCACGACGGCUGGAAGAAGGUGGGGUGCGAGCCUCUCCUCACUACCUUGGACCUUCGAGCGGCUUAUAAGCAAUUUGCGGUUUCUGCGAAGUCGCGGGCCCUGGCAAUAAUCGCAUUGCUUGACCCUUCUACUGCUGAGCCUGGACUCUUUGAGUCGAAGGCCCUACCUUUCGGGAGUUCCGCUUCGGUGCUUCACUUCAAUCGCCUUGCGCGCCUAUUCUGGCGCAUCGGCGUGGAGCUGUGCGUGCCUUGGUGCAACUUUUACGAUGACUUCCCUGUCAUGUCUCCGAGUGGCAUUGCUGACAACACCAUGGAGACCAUGAUUGCCCUGUGCCUGGUCCUAGUCAGGAACAAGCCUGGCCGGGCCGAAGAGCUCAUUGCCUCUCUUGACGAAGUCCUUGAGGAAGGUUUGAUUUCUCGGAAGCGGUAUCUAAGCUUAAUGGGUCGCCUGCAUUACACCGACUCGUACAUCCUUGUCAAGGCUGGACGGCUCUUCAUGGCCGAGGUCAGGUCGUGGGCAAAGUCGCUUUCUGGACCUGAGUUGAAGCUUGAUGAGUGUGUUCGGAGUUCUCUUGAGCGGUUGCUGAAACGAUUUCGUUGUGGCACUCCUCGCCAUGUCCCUUGCUCUGUCGCCGAUCACGUUGUGCACAUUUACACCGAUGGAGCGAGCGAAGGUAGCUCUCACACCGUGGGCGGGGUGUUGAUGCUUCAGAAUCAGGUUCACGCUUACUUUGGUUGCUCUGUCCCUGAUGUCCUAGUCUCGCGUUGGGCUGACUCCAUGUGUCACUUUAUAGGGCCCAUUGAGGCCUAUGCCGUUGCCGUCGCGAGGAAGGCUUGGCACCAAUUCAUCGCGGGACACAGAUGUAUCUUCUACAUAGACAAUGUGCCAGCGCAAGACGCCUUUAUCAAGGGCACCUCUGUCAAUCAUCACGUCAGGGACAUCUUGUUGUCUGUCGAGGCGGCCGAAGAGCUCAGUGCUUCUUGGUCUUGGUUCGCCCGUGUAGCCAGCCAGAGCAAUGUGGCG